GUCGGUUUUAAUUUUAUUCGCUUGUUUGUAGUUUAUUUAGGUAUUUUUCUUGUUUGUUUAAACGAAUUUCGUAAUGUUAAACUAAAUGCAAAUAAGCUUAGAAUAUGUUAAAGUUACUACAGUACAAAACUAACUAAAUUUAUUUUCAAAAUUUCUCAAUUAAAAUUGUAAAAAUAUAAAUUAAAGAUAAUCAAGUUUUCCUCAAGACUUCUAACGUGCCAUACACCUUAACGCUACAAUGAUAAGACGUGUUGUAACCUAUAGCGUUUUAGGCGCCAGUGCCAUUGGAACGGGUUUAAGUUUACACACUAAUGACUACGAUUUAAAUUCGUUGGGCAUAGUGCGUCUGGGACGUUCGGCUGUGGCUGUGGUAGAUGUUGCUUUAACCUAUAAACGUGAAUUGUAUUACAAAGAAUGGGACAAAACAUCGCCCGAAUAUAAGCAGGAAAAGAGUCGUGUUCACAAAAUGGCAGCCGAAAGACUUUUAGAAUUGAUAUGCACAAAUAAGGGAGUCUACAUUAAGGUGGGCCAACAUAUAGGAGCCUUGGAUUAUUUACUGCCUAAGGAAUUUGUAAAGACCAUGAAAGUGUUGCACUCAAAUGCUCCACAAAAUCCCAUCGAAGAUUUAUAUAAAGUUAUAAAACAUGAUUUGAAACGAAAUCCCGAAGAUAUAUUUGAUAAUUUUGAAAGAGAACCCUUGGGUACCGCCUCCUUGGCUCAAGUUCACAAAGCCACUUUGAAGACCGGAGAAGUGGUGGCGGUUAAGGUACAGCAUCCUUAUGUUAAGGGCAACUCCAGAGUGGAUAUGAAAACCAUGGAACUGGCUGUAAAAGCUUUAGCUUUAAUCUUUCCAGAUUUUAAAAUUCAGUGGCUGGUGGAUGAGUCCAAAAAGAAUUUACCCAUUGAGUUGGACUUCCUCAACGAGGGCAAAAAUGCUGAAAAAGUACAAAAACACUUUCUGAAAUACAGUUGGUUGAAAAUUCCUAAAAUCUAUUGGGACUAUUGUUCGCCGCGUGUUCUAGUCAUGGAAUUUCUGGAAGGUGGUCAAGUCAAUGAUUUAGAGUAUAUACGAAAAAAUCACAUAGAUCCUGUAACCGUUUCCAAUAAAAUAGGUCAAUUGUAUUCCGAAAUGAUUUUUAAUACGGGUUUUGUGCACAGUGAUCCUCAUCCGGGUAAUAUAUUGGUGCGUAAAAAUCCCAACAAAGCGGUAGAAAUUGUACUGCUCGAUCAUGGAUUGUAUGCCGAUUUAACAGAUAAAUUCCGUUAUGAUUAUUCCAAAUUAUGGUUGAGUAUUUUGAAUGUUGAUCGUGUGGGAAUGAGGAAAUAUUCUCAUAAUCUGGGUAUUAAAGGAGAUUUAUAUGGACUGUUUGCAUGUAUGGUUACAGGACGACCAUGGGAGACACUGGUGCAGGGAGUUAAUAAAGUAAAAUAUACCAAAGAAGAGAAAAACACUCUCCAAAAUAAUACAUCUUUAGUGCUACCUCACAUUUCCGAUGUUCUCGAACAAGUCGAUCGUCAAAUGUUAUUGAUUUUAAAAACCAACGAUUUGAUACGUGGCAUUGAAUCGACAUUACGCACACAAAAUCGCAUGACCGCUUUUUGGGUCAUGUCCAAAUGCUGUCUCCAGUCAUCGUUUAGCGAGCAAAAGUCACAAAGCACAAGGAAAUCACAACGUUUGGGAAUUUUCUUGCGCGAGAAAUGGGAAAUUUUCAAAUUGAAUAUUUAUUAUUUGUAUUUGGGCUUAAUUAAUUUUGGUCUAUUAGAGGCAGUCAGAGAAUUACUUUGAUAAUUAUUUAAGUUAUAGCUUGGUUAUGUUUUGUAGUUAGAUAGACAAUUGAUAAUUUAUUAAAUGAAAUGUAAUAAUUAUUAAUAUUUUUAUAUAUUGUACAUAUAAAUACAAAAUGUAAUUUGUUUUAAAAUGUAGUCAGGGACUUGUUUAUGUUUUAACUUUUUUAAAAGUCAUUAAAUUUAGUACUUUUAAUAAAUGUGUAAAUAAAUCUAUAAGUAUUUUUAAAUACAUACAAGAAAAAAAAAAUAUAAGAAACAAUUAAAACAUA